UCUCUGUGGCCCCGCCCCCCGCAGUGACGUCACCGCGCGGAGCGUGUGUGGAAUGGAGAGGGGAAAGCAGCUUUAAUUGCACGACAGAGAGAAAAAGGGCAGCGAUGGCUUCGCUGAGGCAGGAGCAGCGUUAUGGACUGAGCUGUGGAAAAAGCAGCAGGAGCGGCCCGAGCAGCAGCAGCAGCAGCGGCAGCAGCGGCUGCAGCAGGACCUUGUACCAUGUGAAGCUCACAGACACAGCACUGAGGGCGCUGGAGGCUUAUCAGAACCUCAAGGGAUCUUUACCAAAUGAACCAUCAGUUUGUUUCAAAGGCAACCAAGGGUACAUUAAGAUCCCGGCUCCCACUCCAGAGUCGCUGUCUGCUCUUCGGAUCUUCUCCUUCUACUUAUCCAGUGACAGCAAAGAUCAACCUCAAGCCAGCUUCGACUGCAUCCAUCAGUAUGUCUCAAGCGACGGCCGUGAGAAGCUGGAAGGUCAAGGCAUCAUCCAGGACAAGAUCACCGUCUGUGCCACGGAGGACUCGUACCAGGUGACCCGCGAGAGGAUGUCUCAGGUGGAGAAGGACAGCUGGAGCCGUUCUGCCAUUGAGAUCAAACCUGGAGCCACACAUCCAAGUAAAUGUGUCAAGUUCCACAAAUGGUCGGCUCCUCCUCCUCCUACUCCUCCUCCUCCUCCUCCUGCAUCAGACAAGCAGUCAAGCAACAACAGGAGGAACGGUGGAUCGGCCCCACCAACCCUGAAACCCCUGAGGGAACACAUUAUCCACCUGCUGGCUCUGAAACCUUACAGGAAACCAGAGCUGCUGCUAUGGCUGGAAAGAGUGAGAGUGGGCCCCAAAGACAAGGCUGAGCUGGGUACAAUACUGGACGAGGUGGCGAAGGUGAAUCCCAAAGACAGCAGCUAUGUGCUGAGGGACGACUUCUACAGAUAUGUGCAGAGGGACUGGCCAGGCUACAGUGAGGAGGAGAGGCAGCUGAUCAGCAGGCUGCAGGCCAGGAAACAGAUUAGCAACCAGUCAAGAAGUCUUCAAGCAAACUUAUCAAUACUUAAAUCCACAGAAGAUACAACACCACAUCUCAACACGCUGAAAAAUCCUGCAGUGAAACGCCCUGUGCCUUUUGACUCGCUGGAGAGGCUUGCCGUUAAGAGGCAAAAACUUGUGGAGCAGAGGUUGCAACAGCAACCCGCUGUAAAUGGACUCUCAAACGGUAAAUCACACGACAAUGCGACUCCUACCCUCAACCACAGCUUCCACACAAAGACUGAGUUCCAUAGGACAGCCAACCAUGCUGGUAACCAGAAUGCCUCACCGGGUGACAACAGUGACUUUCCUGUAGUGCACAAACUGUCGCGCACCUCUGACACACCUGUCUCAGAGAGCCGGGAUCAGGAACCCAAUUUUCAGCCACCGCAGGACGACACUGCCUGCACUCAGCAGCCGUUCUCCAACAGCCAUCACAAAAAGAAAAAACCUAAAAAGCACAAAGACAAGGAGCGGGAGAGGUUAAAAGACAACAAGCGCAGUGACUGGUUGGAGAAAAGUCCUGAUCUGAAGCAGACACAGGACAAACUAGACGAUACUGAAAUCACAAAUACAGUCGCCUCUGAGGAGAAGCCAGAUUAUGUUCUCACCUACGGCCCCAUCGCGAGUGUGGAGCAACGUAAGCGGUACCAGGAAGAUUUCUGCGCAGAGUAUGACGAGUACAAAGACCUCCACUCCCGGAUCGCCACCAUAACACACAUGUUUGUCCAGCUGGGGUCCAAGAUCAAGUGCCUGUCCCCAGGCACACAAGACCAUAAGAUAAUGGAAGAACAAAUACUAGAAAAGUACAAGAAGUAUCGGAAGAAGUUCCCCGGCUACCGGGAAGAGAAGAAACGUUGCGAGUAUCUCCACGAGAAACUGUCCUACAUCAAACAGCUCAUCAUAGACUAUGACAUUUCCCAGACUUCAUCAUAGCAUCGGCCCUCUGUUGACUCCAGGAACCCGUUUGCAGAGACCGUGGACGACAAGAUACUGCGGGCGCUAAUUAUGUGGUAGAUUUCACUCUGGUAUUUCUUAAGACUGCUCUUCAUUAAAGGAAUCAUUUUUGUUUUACAUGUUUUCAAGUCCAACAAAGAGACAAAUCUUGGGAUUAGAAGAUUUGUGCAUCAGUGCAUAUGAUGACACCGUUGUUCCCUAAUAAUAGUUUUUUGGCGGUCUCAGUCAUUUUAAUGGAAAUAUGGGCAAAAUAAUGGAUACGUUUAAAUGAUUUUCUGUGCUUUCGACGAAACACUUUGCUUCUACUUAAAACUCAUAAAAGCUCAUAUCAAAGUUGACUUGUGUGAUUGAAGCAGGGAGAAUGAAUUUCAACAUUAUUUUAACAAAAAAAAAUUGUCUCUAAUGCAGUUUCUCUUACUUCGUGAAGAAACUGACAUAUUUCACAAGUAGAUUAAAAAAUGAAGCAUUACAUGAAGAUAUUUUUGCAGUACAGCCGGUGAGGGUGCGCCACUGUUUAUGUGGAUUCAUCUGCUUGGCUUUUGUCAUGAAUGGAAUCAUUUUCCUCCAUUCAUCGAGUAUUUGUUUGGUCUAUAAAAUGUCAAAAAAAAAUCAAGUUGAUUGGUUUCCCAAACCUGGAAAUGAUGAUGCAAAUCAGUUUUAAUGACUUCUUUGUCAAAUGGAGCAAAGAAACUAGAAAAUAAUCACAUUUAAGAGGCUAAGAAACUCACAAAUGUUUUAAUUAUUUAAAAAAAAAAACCUCAACUUAGUAAUUGAUUAAUAAUUGUCGCGGCCCUGCAUAUAAUGUAUAUCCUGUAUCCCCAAAUGCACUUCUGUAUAUCUUAAGUAUUUAUUCACCACACACAUUUCUCUUAAAUGAUUGGUGAAGUUACCAAAAUGCUUGGCCUUCAUGGCUGUUGCAAUAACUUUUACGAGGAGAGACCAUUUGCUUCUCCCUCAAUAAUAAUCAGGCACCAAGUCUAAUUUUUUUCCCCCAAGUAUUUAAAACCCACUGGAAAGGAGCGUGAUUCUCUCUUUCCUUUAGAACUACUGAUGUAUUUAUUUUCAGCCAUCUUCCUCUUUUAUCAUGUGUUGUUGGUCUCCUCAGCUUGAAGUGUCAGAUCUUGUUAGAUCAAAGUGUUUGUAUAUCCAAGCGGCGUGGGGAGGGGGAGGUGGGAGAGGUGGUGUAUAGUAUAGGAAAGGCUCAGGUAAUAUAAUAUGCUUUUCCUCUAACUCCAUGUUCCUCUGAAAUGGCAAAGAAAGAUAGGAGCACAACAGAAAAAUGUGUAUUUGCUUCAUUAAAGCCAGUUGUGGUACUUAGGUAUUUUAAAUAGUAGCCCAGCACACGUUUAGGUCGUUUUUUUGCGCUAAACUAUUUCCUUUUUUUUUUUAAAAGGGAAGGGGACAAGCUCAUGAAAUUUCUAUUCAAUCUAUGUCGCGCGGUUGCCGUUGUUGUACUGAAUUUACUGAAUGAUCACCCUUUAACCCUUUAACACCUAAGCCUGAAAAUGUCCGCCUGGCCUUUUUUGCUUAUUGUGCACAUAAGAGCGCCAGAAAAUGUCCUUUUGAGUAAGUGCUUUUGCCCAUUUUUUCAAUGCCUGGCAGUUAUUUACAAUUAACUGCAUGUUAAAGAGAGCGCAUGAACAGUCUAAAGUCAAGAAAAACAAAAAACAGAAUUUGAUUUUAGAGUUUUAUUGAGAAAAAAAUAUUGUAGUUGUUCAUGAGUAGGAUUUUGCAUUUUAAUUUUGAAAUGUGAACAGUAUAAAACUGUGUCAGUGAAAUGACCGUAAUAAGCACAUGGCUGGCUUUGAAGUGCAAGUUGUUAGCUUUCAGAAACCAUUGGAAUGUUUCUGAUGGCACAAACCGUCGCGUAAUUACGGUAAUGCAAAGAGCGCUUGCCCAAACGUGUCGCCGGCGAUGCGCUCGGUGUCAAAGGGUUAAAGUGAAUAACACAAAUAGAAGCCUUAAGAUUAUACUUAUUUAGAGGGGAAAAAACAACUCAAACUGCCAAUAUCAACAUGAAGUUUUUAUCCAUACGCGUCUGUUAUCUGCCUUAUAUUAGUGUUAGCUGUCAAGUCUGUCUUUUAAAAGUCAAAAAUAUUUCAUCAUGUAUUAUACACUUUGAUUUUGCUGUUGUGGCAAUACCUUACUUAGGGGGUUUUGCAUUUGUAAUCCUUAUGGUACUCUGUUUUUAAAUCAUCACACAUGGUCUGGUCUUUAUCCGCGUGACUCCCGUUCCUCGCCCCCGAGCAUAUUAUGGUUUGAUCGGGAGACUGGCUUCAUUGAUUUUCUGCAAAGCACAAAAAUAAAAACGUGUUUUUGUGAAAGUAACAGCACUCAAUCAGUUUCAGGUAAUUAUGGUAAUUAUGGAAAUGAGUCGGGGAGGAAAAAUGGACAUAAGUGUGAAAUGUGUUCAAGGAAAAAACCAUGAUUACACGUGGGUUAUUGACUUUGAUGGAAGAAUCACUGGGCAGAACAUUUCUUUAAAAAAAUAAAUUAAAAAAAAAUCACUAAAUGAAAUAUAUUUAUCUGUGCAAAUCUUUUAUCACAAGUGACGACAAAAUGUUGUUGUUGUUGUUGUUUUUUUGGACUGGUGCUGAGCCUUCACAAUGCACCGCUGCGUCCUGCUCAGCAGUUGUGUUUAUGUACCGUGUACCCGCUGAAGGAGAGUCACCAACUGCAUUUUAAAAAUGUACACUUUACUCUUUUUUGUGCACAGUUCAAACGAAUAAAAGCAUCAAAGGGA